AUGUCAGCCGACUCGGUUACUCAGGUCAAUGGCGGCCCGAAGAAGCACUCCAUCUACCGAUCCGUCGCCUUCCAGAUCUUUGUCGCCAGCGGGGUCUCCUUCACUGCGCCGGGCAUGUGGGACGCACUGGGCGGUUUAGGCGCCGGUGGUGCUGCUGAGCCUUACGCUGUCUCGGCCGCUAACGCAUUGGUCUAUGGUCUCUUCUCCAUCGUCUGUGUUGCAGCUGGUGCGAUCAACAACCGUAUCGGCUUGCGGUACGGCCUCGCUCUCGGUGCCAUCGGUUAUCCGCUGUACGGUGCUGGCCUGUACACCAACAAUAUCAACGCGACAACAUGGUUCAUGCUUUUCGGCAGUGCAAUCUGCGGUAUCUCGGCCGGUUUCUUCUGGGCUGCGGAGGCGGCCAUCAUCAUCGGCUACCCCAGCCCCAAGGAUCGUGCUUUCUACCUCGCUGUAUGGCAGACGGCCAAAGCUUUGGGACCGAUCGUGGGUGGCGCUAUAAAUCUUGGGCUCAACGCGAACCGAUCCACUGCCGGAUCUGUGGGUUCGGCAACAUACAUCGUCUUCAUCGUCAUCAUGUGCUUGGGCCUUCCUAUCGCGCUGCUGCUCAGCCCUGCGGAAAAGGUUUGGCGCAAGGACGGCACCAAAGUUGUGGUACACAAGGAGCCAACAUGGGCUCUGGAGUUCAAGGCUGUCUUCAGACUUCUUGUCUCCAGGAGGAUCCUACUACUACUGCCAGCCUUCUUCAUCAGCUACUUCUAUAACGGCUUCCUGAGCACCUGGCUUACCACGUACUUUACCGUGCGAUCGCGUGCUUUCUCGUCCUUCUUCACCAACUUCGCCGGUAUCUUCAGCUCUUUCUUGAUCGCAGGCUUGUUGGAUCGUCAAUCGAUCCACAUCAAGACCCGAGCCAAGAUCGGCUUCUUAUCCAUCGUCACCGUCUUGAUUGGCACCUGGAUCUGGGCCAUCAUCCUCCAGAAGCAAUUCUAUGAUGCCCCCGAGUCACCUGUAUUUGAUUGGUUCCAGGGUGGCUUCGGAAAGUCAUACGCGCUUGUCUUCUUUUGGACUUUUGCCGGACAGGCAUUCCAACAGUUUCUUUACUGGCUUGUUGGCCAGUAUGCAGAGAGCUUGUCGUCCUUGUCCCAUCACACUGGUAUCCUACGUGGGUUUGAGGCUCUUGGUCAGACAGUUGCUUGGGCUAUGCAAUCCGAAGGUAAUGCAAACCACUUCGCCAGCAUCGGCGUCAACUUUGGCAUUCUCCUAAUCUGCAUCGUUCCCACAUGGAUCGUGCUUUCCGAGCUGGACCACACCCACGAAAUCCGAAUCACCGAAGAUGGCGCAACCUCGGCGGAAGAGGAUGCGAUUGGCAUUGAGCACGAGACGGGCAAAUAA